UCAGUACUUCUGAAUAUUAUGAAAUUUAAUAUUGUUAUAAAUUGUUUCACAGUUCUUCAUAAAAUGUACAAGUGUUGAUACUUUAAAAUGUCAUUUUUUAUUAAAAACGUUUUUUAUUACAUUAUUUUCUUACAAGUUUAUUGGUUAAGAAAAGUGGAGUGCACUGACUCUGAAUUGGAUGCGAAAGCCUUGAAAAAUUUAAUAGAAUACUUAAAAAUACCAACAGUACAUCCCAACGUUAAUUAUGAGGAAUGUGUGAUUUUCUUGAAAAAACAAGCGCAAUCUCUUGAUCUGCCUAUAAAAGUUUUGGAAUUGUAUCCAAAAAAUCCGAUUGUUAUAAUAUCAUGGAAAGGCACCGAACCAGAAAAACCUUCUAUUUUAUUAAAUAGUCACAUGGAUGUUGUACCAGUUGUAUCCGAAAAAUGGAAAUAUCCACCGUUUGGAGCCGAAAUGGAUGAAGAGGGAAAUAUUUUUGCUCGUGGAGCACAAGAUACAAAAAGUUUGGCUAUUCAACAUUUAGAAGCAAUUCGUCGAUUGAAAUUAAAGGGAAUUCGAUUAAAACGAACAGUUCAUAUCUCAAUGGUUCCAGAUGAGGAAACUGGAGGAGUUUUUGGCAUGAGAAGUUUUGUAAAAACAAAAGAAUUCACUGAUCUUAAUAUUGGUUUUGCAGUUGAUGAGGGGAGUGCCAAUCCAAGUGAAAAAUUUUAUUUGUAUUAUGGAGAAAGAACAGUACUUCAAAUAUGGGUUCACUGUUCUGGUACAACUGGUCACAGUUCAAUUUUCGUUCCAAAUACCGGCGCAGAAAAAUUAAGAUUUAUAAUUGAUCGCUUUCUCGACUUUAGAGAAGAGGAAAAAAUUAAAUAUCAGGAUCCAAAUCAGAGGGACAAUGUCACUUCGAUUAAUUUGACAAUGCUAAAGGGUGGCGUUCAGGUAAAUGUAGUUCCCGAUGUUCUUUCCGCAGCUUUUGAUAUUCGAGUUUCGCCUUUUAUAAAUCAUACGAAAUUUAUUGAAACUAUUGAUGGAUGGUUAAAGGAAGCUGGCGAUGGAGUUAAUUACACUGUUAUUAGCAAAGAUUCGCCGACUGAAAUAACAAAAUUAGACUCAAGUAAUAUUUAUUGGCUAGCCUUUAAAAAAGCUUGCGAUGAAAACUCUGUGAAAUUAGAUACACGAAUUCUGCCAGGUGCAACUGACGCUCGACAACUUCGUGCUCUUAACAUUCCUGCAGUGGCAUUUUCUCCGAUGAAUAAUACUAUUCCUCGUGCACAUGCAAAUAACGAAUACUUGAACAAAAGAGUAUUUCUAAGGGGAAUAAAUAUAAUGAUGAAAAUUGUAGAAGCUGUCGCUAACGCUUAAUGUACUGAUUAAUUUUAAUUGAAUUUUCUUUCUUACAA